AUGCAAGCGGGACCAGAGUUGGUGGUAGCAUCCCUACUCAACCGAAAAACCACGGCGCAAGCCCACUUCCGCUGCCACCAUUGGGACCUUAUCAGGGACCGCGGCCGCCAUCUAAUCAGCAUCGCGGUCCCUCGCAUGUCUCUUUACUGUCAGCGCCGACUCGUCCUCGCCGCGGACCUGGUCCACGUGAAGCUUGGACGGGAUCUCCGCCAGUACGCCGUGGAACUGUUGCACCUUCGCAAGCCCCACCAGCAGGUCCUCGCGCCUCUUUUUCAUCUCCCGUACCUGAAGGGGGUCAACCACCUUGCAGGCCUGUGUACUAUCAUACCAGAAGGUCGAAGUCUUCCGUUGCUUCUAGACCCUGCCGUGGAGAAGCGGUUGGCUCAGCUUGAUGUCGACAAAGAAAAACUUCUCGAGCAGAUCACAGAGACGCAGAGGUCCAAGCGAGCGGAACUUCGAGACUGGGAUCGACUCGAUCGCGAAAGCUCAAUCUGCGCCCUCAAGAGCGAGCUAGCUGAGGGCCAUCUCCAGCGAAUGGCCGAUGAGAGCAUUGGGGGCGGGAACUUGUUCUAG